AUGGAGCGACGCCGUUCCAGAGACGCCAUCUUCAACCAGCUCUAUUGCGACUUCAUGGAGGAGUACUCGGACCUGAAAUAUAUGAUCUUGGUCAAAACACCGCUUAUCAAAAAUUCCGUGUGCUACUUACCGCAUCACGGUGUGCUCCGGACUUCCAGCACGACCACCAAGUUAAGAGUUGUCUUCAACGGAUCCCAAUGUACGCCUGCCGGAGACUCGCUCAACAACACCUUACUGGUCGGAGCCAGUCUUCUGCCAACUCUCGCCGACGUCCUUCUUCGUUGGCGUUGGCACCGCUUCGCCUUCAUCGCUGACAUCGAGAAGAUGUACCGGCAGAUUCUAGUACAUCCCGACGAUCGGGAUCUGCAGCGGAUCCUUUGGAGGCGACAACGCACUGAUGACGUCCAGGAAUAUCAACUCAAUAUGGUGACAUACAGAUUGGCCUGUGCACCUUUCCUGGCGAUCAGGACUCUCCGCCAAUUAGCCUACGAUGAGGAACCGGCAAAUCCCAAGGGAGCAAUCGCUUUGCGGCGCGAUUGCUAUGUCGACGACGUCGUCACAGGCGCCAGCACCCUGUCCGAGGCAGUCGAAACGCAGAGGCAGUUACGCCGACUCUGCACGGCGGGCGGGUUUUCCUUGAGAAAGUGGGCCUCAAAUCACCAGAGCAUCCUCGAGGAGAUACCAAGGGAGCAUCAACUCCAGCAGCCACACCACGACUGGGAGGACGAAGCGCAUCCGACGCUUGGCUGGUUAGCUCCAGUCACCGCUCGUGCCAAAAUCCUCAUCCAGUCAGCUUGGAUGAAGCACUUAGACUGGGACUCCCCACUGCCUCAAUCAGAUGAGACGUUGUGGAGACGUCUGCUUGAAGAUCUUCCGCUGUUAGAACAGCUCCGGUUGGAACGAUGGCUGAGGGCCGAUAACCAACCAAAUCACGUCGAGCUCCACGGGUUUGUUGACGCGUCGGAGCGAGGUUACGCAGCCGUCGUCUACCUCCGCGUGAUGAGCUCCUCCUCAACCACGACCAGCCUGCUUGCUGCAAAAAGCAAAGUUGCGCCCAUUAAGCCCGUGUCUCUACCGCGCUUGGAAUUGGUGUCCCACAUCCAGACAAAACUUCCAGAGGCACGAUGGCGACACGUCCCAGGGCGAGACAACCCCGCUGACUGCGCCUCUCGGGGGAUUGAGCCCCGGGACCUGCUCAACCAUUCCCUCUGGUGGACGGGACCCCCAUGGCUCGCCAAGGAUCCAGCAUUCUGGCCACAGCACGACCACGCCACACACGACGUCGAGGUGCCGGAGACGAGAGCAAUCGCCUCCCACUUGACGACCACGGAGAAAGCCGAACCAGAGAUGCUUCUCAGGUUCUCCGAUCUCCAUCGCCUCCUGAGGGUCACCGCCUGGUGUUGCCGAUGGCGAGGCAACCCACCGAGUUCGAAGGCUCACCUCAAUCUCACGCCUGAUGAGCUAGAAGCAGCCUUGCUCCUCUGGCUCCGCUUGGUGCAAGCUCUCCAUUUCUCCAAGGAGAUCACUGCCCUGAAACAAAAUCACAAGUUAAUCAAGGGUCCAAUAACGAAAUUAACCCCCUUCCUCGACGACCAUGGGAGUCGGAGGCCGGCUGAAGCACGCUGUGCUCUCAGAAGACGAACGCCAUCCGAUCAUCUUACCUCCAGAGUCGUGGAUGAUGCAACUCCUCGUCAAGGCACACCACAGACGAACGCUUCACGGCGGGGUUCAGCUCAUCCUAGGACUGCUUCGCCUGCGGUACUGGAUUCCCCGAGGACGCUCCAUCGUUAA